GAAAAUAUCAAAUUUCCCUAUCAAGAAUUUUCAUGGUAGGGAAAUGUGUUUCCAUCAUUGACAAACAGAUUUUGUCAAGCUUCGUAAACUUGUUCUGUAUUGUAUGUAUUUCUGUACGGUAUUGUCAGACCUAUAGCUGCCAGAUCACCUGAUUUUAUUGAGCGUACUCAGCAUUGCCCAUGCAAUUGUUUAGCAAAUCUCCAAAUCACUUUUAUCAAAGCUCAUGUGCAGUUUAACCACUUGUAAUAUUUUACAAUAUGACAUGCAUCAUCAAAGAUGAUCGGCAUCUACAUGUUCAUUGACUUUGCUGUAACCUUUGCAAUGCUGUUGCCAUCUUCCAGACUAGUGCACAUAUGAAAGGCAUUCACCUCCUUGAAAUUAGUCUUAUGACCAACGUUCAGGGGGUGAAUGUCUGUUAUAACCGCACUGGCUUGGAAGAUGGCGACAGCAUUUUGAUGACAAAUCAUUGUGAGUUGACCUUCUGUUUGUCUCUAUUCUGUGUCCAUGGUAUGUGCCGUUUUGGCACUGCAUGAAUACAGUACAUGUAUGUACCAUAAGCUAUGCAAGUGUUUGAGUCAACUGCCUCGUGUGAUAUAUAAUGAAUAAAUUGUAAAUUGAAAAUUUAACCCAUUGAGUUGCAUUGUGCCCCAAUGCGCCCUAAAUUUUUUUUUUUUUUUACUCUGUCUAAUGCCAAAGAAUUUAAAAAUUUACACAUAUGUCUAGUUAACCCAAUGAGUUGCAUUGUGCCCCAAUUUAUUAUAUUGUUUUCUUUGUACCCUACGAAAUUAUUUUACUCUGAGUGUAUAAUGCCAGAUAUGACUUUACUAAUGGCAAAAGCGCUACUGCGCUAGCUAGAGCUAUUGGGUUAAUAUAUUAAUUUAGUAGCACUAUAAACAUGAUUUAAAAUUUUUAAUAUUAUUUUUUUCUUUUUAAUUAAUACCUUGUGCUGAAUGAUGAAUAUCUUGAUGUAAAUAUAUUCUAGAUGACAGGUGGGUUCAAUUUAAGAUGUAAUAACAAUUAUUAUGAACUUAGGUUUUUCAUCCAUGAAAGUCUCAUAUCAGUACUAAUAUAUUAGCACUGCUGACUGUCCCAACACUUAUUUAAUUUAACAAAGCAGAAAUCUCUCAGUCUCAUGCAGAGGAUCAAUUAAAUGUGAUACCCAUUAAAGUGGUAUAAUUAUCACUUAUGUACUGAGACCGAGGGAAACAGUGUGUUUUGUGGACCCGAGACUGCUGUUGUUGCCUGAGGCAAAGCCGAGGGCAACAGCGGCGGUCGAGGGGCCACAAAACACACUGCUUUCCCGAGGUCUCAGUAAAUGGGUUGUUCCAGAAAAGAUCCAUACUCUCCCCACGGAGGAAAUUUCUGCCGUCCAGAGGGGGAGGGGAGAAAAAAUUGUUUCUGAUAAUAGUAAAUGCAUUAGGACAUCCGAAGGGGGUAGGGGGGUUAACUUCCUUUUUCCUCCAUGUGGGUGGUGUGGAUGUUUUCUGGAAUGACCCAAUAAGUGUUUUGUUAUAUAGUAUAUAAGUGUCAAAGUAUGAAUAAUUCACCGGUUAGUGGAGUGAACUUAAUUUGAAGCCAAAACUGGAUAAAUGGAACGCCGUAAAUGUUUAGUAAAAAGUUAAAAAAAUGAACUUUGGAACUUCAUGGUUGACACGCGUGCGUAUUGCACCCAUUUUAUUAUUGACCUGUCCAUAAAUGUUUCACUUCGGACCGGUUGCCGAGCAUGACGUUUUGUGGACCGGCACGUGAUACGAUUUUGACCAAUCGGCAAAAAGAAAAAUUGAACUUUGACACCAACUAUAUAACAAUUUGUAUUUAUUUAUGUAUACAUGAUUGACCGGUCAAAUUAUGUCCGCAAGUGCUUGUACUUGAAAGUACUAUUUGGACUAUUUCUCUUCACACCCACCCUCCCGUAAUGUGUGGCCCUGUUUGUGGUACACAUUUUUAGUGUGCAUGGGCAUUAGACAGUGUACAUUACACCAACACAGCAAAUAUCAUGAUUAUUAGAUUACACUGAUAUCGAAGGAACUAGACUCAGUUCCAAAAUAUCGCAUAUACUCGAACCGACCUGACCGCGUAGCUCAGUUGGCAGAGCGUUGGGCUAGUAUUUCCAAAGGUCGUAGGUUCGAUUCCCACCGUGGCCAGGCAUAUUUUUCAACCCUGCCCGGUGUGGAUAUACACUCAGAGUAACAUCACACAAGCAUGAGCAUUCCUCUACGAAAUUCAUCCUCGUACCCAUGCAGGGUCUUUUUUGGAGAAUAAAGAAAAUAGCCUGGGUACGAGGUUGCACGAGAUUUUGUGUCUCAGAAGUGAAGCAGUUUUCGACAACUUUUUGAACAAAAUUAUACAGAAAAACAGGUUUUUAAUGGAACAUUCACAUUAAAAAAGUCAAAUUGUGAAAAAAUCAUUGUCAGUGGAGGAAGAUUGAGUUUCAAAACUCAAUUGAACAUUGAGUAUUUACUACCGUAUACCGCUGUCCAGGUCAGGGCUUGCAAAAUUUUGAAAAAAGUGGUUGCCCUUGGGGCAGGCAACACUCACAAUUUGGUUGCCCGAGUCCAUUUCUCACUUGCCUACAUUAAAUUAGAUAAAAAUAAAAGAAUGGAGCUGAAUGAACCACAACAAAACCGGUGUUUAUUUAACUGUUAAUAAUUAGUUACAAUUGCUACUGUGUUACAAGUUACUCUUACCUCCGGCGCCUUUAACGAGACGCGCUUUUUAACGCGCGCCUCGUUUGUUUUACGAGUAUGAAAUCGCGCGUCUGUUUUUUUUGUUCUAAAUGAAUUUUUGCCGGAACAAAUCCUCGCCAUUUAGACAAGUUAUAAAAGAAUGACUGAUUUAAUGCUGAUGAAAGGAAUCAAAUGAUUUUUGUUAAAAUUGUUAAAAUGUUAAAAUUGUUUUGUUCUACAUAAAUUAUUAAAUUUUCACUCAGUUUUGUGAAUGUUAUUCUAGUCUGUAUAGCCAAUAAACGUAAUUUUUACCAUUCAAAACAUUUGAAUAAAAUAAUUUAAAUCAGUUCUCGAUAAUUUAAAUCAGUUCUCCGCAUUAAUAAUCUUUGAGGUGAAUCAGCUUGGGCGCUUAUUUACUCCUUGCAAAAAACUCGCAAUCAAGUAAAUAUUCUGGACAAUUUUACUGAAAUAUCAAAUCAGUAUUCUGACAUCAUACAAAAAGGUAAAUGGCUAUCUUUUGACACAGCUUUAUUAACACUCGAUGACGGAACAACAAGACAUUAAAUACACAAAAUUUAAAACGAUCAAAACACCAAAGUGUGGUUGCCCGUCGGGACAUUAGUCAAGAAAUUUUAGUUGCCCGACACAAAUGCCCCGGGACGUCGGGCAGGCGAUUUUGAAAGCACUGGUCCCAGUUGAUUUGCACCCCCGUAGAUUUGGAUUCCCGGUCCAUAUCCACUAGUACCCGGGUCCAAAUCUACUAGUGGAUAUGGACCCCCGGAGGCUUGUAUAAUAAUAUAUAUGUAUAUAAUUAUGUAAAAUACUUGUAUAAUUUUGAAAUUGGGUUGGGUAAAAUAAAAAUCCAAGUCAUGCAAUAGUUGGGUAGGGAAAAAAGUGGUUGAUCGAAAGGGUGGGUGGUUGUUUUUUCUCUUUUCGAUUAGUUUCUCUUCGGUACCAACCCCGGGUAUAAAUAAUGAACACUCCCUAAUAUUAUGAUAGAUAUCGUUAUUCUUGCCUGGAUCAAAAUUUCGUCUAUAGGUGAUUUCAUCCAUUAAUAUCGAGUAACCGAUAUUAAAAAGUUGAUAUACCACAACAGCUGCUAAAGUUUACAAAAGAAACGAAUAGAAUAAGUUAUUCCUGCCGAUUAAAAUUUGGUGAAAAAAUGAACAAAUUUCCUUAAUUAGUAAUAAAAUCUAGUUACAGUAAUAAGUAUAACACUAACACUAACACUAACACUAACACUAACACUAACACUAACACUAACACUAACACUAACACUAACACUAACAGACAUAUUAAACUGACGCUCGAUACAUUGUUUUCGUAGGGUUGGAUGAUGAGAAAGAUACAAUCUUGGAAAUUGCUUGUUUAAUCACAGACACUAAUCUAAAACUUGUUGCAGAGGUAAUGGAUUAUUUCAGCUGAAUAUUACUGUACAUAUUUAGUGUGAAAAUGCAUCACACUUAAACAUUCUACAGUGUAACGUUGACUGCUAAAAAAAUGCAUUUUCGUGCGCAAAUCGGGAAAUUACGGUAGCUGAGCGAAGAAUGAAGUGCGGUACGUAUUGUGUAUAUUGGGAACUUUCAGCGCGCGUGUUCGUGUUCGCAUGUUCCUUCUUAAAAUAAUUAUUUAACAAUGGUCUCCACAUCACCAACUGUUCGAAAUUGGUCAAAACCGUGUAGCCAUUAUACCGAUCUCUUAAGACUCAAUUCCUUCUCUUACUUUCCUCUGCUUUAAUCCACUUUCAGUUGUUAUCACUCGUGCCUUUUCACAAUCAAUCCCACUCUCGCAAUAAACGCUAUGUCUCGCCUAUUGUUAAAUCUAUUGUUUGAAAUAAAAAUGUAAACAAAACACGCGCAUGAGCAGAACGGACUUGACAGCCUCUUUAAAUAUCGUCGGUCAUACAUGUAGGCAGCCCAAUGGCUAGGCGUGUCAAAUAUUUUACUAAAAUAUUCAAAUUUCUAAAAAAACUGUGCCUGCCUCGUUAAAUUUGGCAAAAACGUAGUAAAUUUUUACUUGAACUGUCUGUGCCAGUGUAGGUAGUGGCAAUAAUAUGAACACGCUUUCGUUGCUAGGGAUGCAACUACCUGAAAAAUAUAAGGAGAAUCUCGACGUUUCGAGCGAAGCCGAAGGUCCUUCGUCGAAAUUCUUGUCGAAAUUCUCCUUAAUAUAUUUUUCAGGCAGUUGCAUCGCUACCAACGAAAGCUUGUUCGUAAAUUUUUACUAGAUACCAAUGCAGUUCUGCAGUUCUGGUUGCUUGCAUGCUUACGGGUGACGUCACACACUGCACUGUAAUUAGUUCUAUUUAUUCCUAAGGACACGGACACGCCCAGCCAUUGGACUGCCUAUCGACGUAUGGUCUGGAAGAAAAUUAAACAGUUUUACUUACCACAUGUGUUGAGUGUGCAUUUUUCCUACCCCUCCCUCGACCCGACCAUAAAUACUGACGUAAUAUAAUUUACAGUACUUCAUUAGUAGAAGUAUUUACUCUACCAUUUCAUGUUUUUAGGGGCCUGAUAUUAUCAUUCACCAACCGAAUUCUGUCCUACAAUCGAUGGGUGAUUGGUGCAAGAAACACCAUGGCGAGGUAUAGAAAGUGAUUUGGGCGUGGCAUGCAUGUGAACAUCACGCAUUAGAAUCAUAUCAUUUUCACCCACCACAAAGCACACAUACCAAAUUCAACUAACAUUCACACUGUUCCUAGACGAAAUAAUCAACAGAUUUUUUCGCACAAAACAUGUAUAAUUCAUCAAAGGAACAGAAAUGAAUAUUUAUAUGCGAGCACGUAGUUCCAAGACCAGCUAGCGGGGUCGAAACGUGCUUUCCCGGUUAUGCUUGGAGCCUGAUGAGAACAUAACCUUAGUUUUGAACACAAAACACAUGGGACUUGAUCUGGGUGGCGAUACAUUGGCAUUCACCCAGGUCUUGGCAUCAUCACAAUACAUCUCACAUUAUAAACGCACCCGGGUUAUGCCUGCGCGAUCUUCACAAAAACAAUCAAUCGAGUCAUACACGUCACAGUUUUACUAUUCAUGUCUCAUUUUAGCUUGAAUGUUCAGACUUAUGUAUCACUUAUAUUUCAUAUAAUUUUACAACUCAUAUAUCACCAGUAUCAUCACUUUAUAUCUAUGUUAUAAAUCAAGCUUCACCAACAUCAUCACAGUCCAUGCAUCAUCAUAACAUAAUUCACUAAAAUCAUCAUUAUCUAUACCAUUCCAAUUCUAUCAGUCACACUGAAUCGAAAUUUCAUUUCACUCCACACAUCAUUUGAUGUUCACCCAAUAGAAUGUUCCAACAGGUCCAGCAGGGCCAUUUCACAGCAUUCCAGGAUCUGAAUACCUGCAACCACCUUUUUGAUCCAAUUCUAAAAAACAAACAACGAAAUAUCACUAACUCGAACGACUUGACCUCGUAGCUCAAUUGGUAGAGCAUUGGACUAGUAUCCCAAAGGUCGCGGUUCGAUUCCCACCGUGGUCAGGCAAACUUUUCAGCUUGCCCGGUGUGGAUGCACACCCAGAGUAACAUCACAGACUUUACUUGUUAUUGCACUUUUUCCCCAGUGGCCUCGUUGUCAUACCGAGUGAACAAUAUUUUUAAACUACGUGACAGUUUCCAUGUUACAAAUAAUAUAAGUUCAUACUUUUCAGUCGGGCUUAACAAAAGCUGUGCAAGAAUCAAAGAUAAGCAUGGGAGAAGCUGAAGAUACGGUGUUUAAUUUCGUCAAGAAAUAUACGAAGCCUAAGAAAUGUCUUCUUGCUGGAAAUUCAGUUCAUGUAGACAAAGUAUUUCUGAACAAAUAUAUGCCAAAAUUCGUGGACCAUCUUCACUACAGGAUUGUCGACGUUAGCACAGUCAAAGAACUUUGCAAGUAAGAAAUUUCAUUUUAAUGGGUAUACAGUUAGAAAUAAAAAAGUUGUUAAAACCCAGGGUCACGUUGAACAAUAUAAUAAUAUAUGCCUGGACACUUCCUGCAUUUGCUUCAGUUCACGCACGAAACAAUAUCUCGGGGAAGACAAUCUGAUCCAUUGUUACAGUUAAGUCAUUGCCAGGCUCGACCUCGUACCGUCUCGUGUGUGUUCGAGAAAAAUUGCAGUAAAUUGAAAUAGAGUUGCAAUGGAUAAUAAUAAUAAUAGCAUUCCACAAGUGGCUCUUCUAUGCUAAAUUACAAAAAGGAGAACGAAAUUACAAUACUAUACACCUAUGCUGGUUGAGCUCAAGUCAACUUUGCCGGCCUACCGCCGAUGUAACUGUGGCACUGGAGGCAAUCGGCGAACAAAUGUUCACAUAAUUUACGUUUUACAGCUACCACCGACAUCGUCGCCGGCAUAUAUGUGAACCAGGCUUAAGAUAUUCUGGAGCUGGGUGACAUACCACGUCAUUAUAGUCAAGAACUGACAGGAUGACAUCUAAAUCUAAAACAGGCGUGGCUUUUUAAUGCAGGAUGCUUUUUAAUGCAGGAUGACAGCUAAUGCAGGAUGACAUCUAAAACAGGCGUGGCUUUUUAAUUCCGAACCGUCGAUCAGUGUACUGUAGGUUGCGACCACUGAAUAGACAGAUUUAGAUCGAGGACGCGGACGUCCAAGACGACGUGGAAAUGGUGUGUCAUAUCCAUACAUGGGCACAACACGCCAUUUUCAUGUCGUCUUUGACGUCCGCGAUCUAAAUCUGUCUAAUAUGUAAUAGUAGACAGUGGUAGCGACGACGAUAAGACAGCUGCGGAUUGAGAGAGAUACAACUACCUGAAAAAUACAGAUAGAACUUCGACGUUUCGAGCGAAGGCCCUUGUCGGGAAGUGCUAUAAAAGCUAAAUCAUGUAAUUUUCCCGACCCACGCUAUAACUUUCCCACGAAGAGCUUUCGCUCGAAACGUUGAAGUAUAAUGCUUGUAUUUUCCAGGUAUAGUUGUAACUCAGUCUCUCAAUCCGCAGCUGUUUCGUAGCUAUUUAAUUCCAUGUACAAUAAGUAAGUGGGGGUAUGCUAUAGUCAUGUAGCUGAAAAGCCAAGAUGAAUUACAAAGCCAAAGGAGGCAGCUCAACCUGAUCAAGUGGAAGAUUUUCUAAGGACGCCUCUGGCAGCCACCUUGUGUCUCAUGUCUGUGUUCACAUAGACUUGCUCCAAGUCUCUCUUUCAUUGUCAUAUAGUAUCGAUCCACUAUAGUGUACAUUACAUGACGUAGUACGGAGGGGCGGAGCGAGAAAGAGAGACUUGUCAACUUCGGAAAAUCUCGGUUCAAAACUGAACCGAAAAUGCAAGACUUGCUUUAAUUGUUUUCUUUCAGUGUUUAUAUGUAUUGAUCUAGCACAGUGUAAAUAACAUGAGUUCCAUAAUAGUAAAUAAUACAGAAAGGAAUUGAAGGAAAACAAUUAAAGCAAGUCUUGCAUUUUCGGUUCAGUUUUGAACAGAGAUUUUCCGAAGUUGACAAGUCUCUUUCUCGCUCCGCCUCUCCUUGCUACGUCAUGUAAUGUACACUAUAGUGGAUCGAUAUGACAAUGAAAGAGAGACUUGGAGCAAGUCUAGUGUUCACAUAGCUACGAUGGAAUUAUAGGGUCAGUUGUUAAUUUAGGAAUUAAUCACAACCCACCCUGUCAACAUUCCCUGUGGGAGGAAACCCGACUGUUUUCACAUAUAACACGGGGGAAUGUUUGCUACAACUUGCAACGCAAUUUCGGACACAGAGCCAUAAAAAAAUAGUCUAAAAAAAUAGUCGCAGAGAAGUUAGAGCAUGACCCCAGUUCUACUGUACCAACAUUUAACAAUUAUUCGCCGAAGGCGAGGUGAUUAUCGGGGAAUAUUCGCCGAGACGAAGUCGAGGUGAAUAUUCCCGAUAAUCACCUAGCCUGAGGCGAAUAAUUGUUUUAGUAUUUUUACACAAGCUUUUGUGUUUUUUGAGACUGAAUUUAUUUUAAUUUCGCUUCUUUGUCAGUAAACUUCCACAAAACAGGUAUAGCCGCCUUUUUUAAAAUUUCUGUUUUGUUAUAUUCACCUAUAACACCUGUAGGUGAAUAUAACAGCUUAUUACGUCAAAUUUGACCAAUCAACGUGUAGGAUUUGUUAUGUUCACUUGUGCAAAAAUACUAACUUCGCAUAUCAACAUUCUCUAAAGGGAUGAAAAAUGAAAGAAAUAGGAUACGUUGGUAAUGUAAAUCUCCGGUCAUGCACAAUUUUCCUGCGAGAGUACUUUGUAGAUAACAUAUAGCUCUAUGUUAGAACUUGCGUUCGUGCAAGUUGCAGCAAAAAGUGCCUCCGUGUAUCAUCAUGGCCUUUUAAUAGUGUCAUGAGGGUGCAGCGAGAAUCGAAGCCACGAUCUCAGAGGUGACGGGCACUACCUCCGACGACUGCGCCACCAAAGCCCCUGUAGAAACACCGAAGUGUAUUUAAAAGUUGGGAAACAUUCGAUUGUUUUCUUUUGUUGCAGGUAUUGGUAUCCAAACACAUACGUAAGAGCCCCAAGGAAAGCAGGAAACCACAGGUACCCCAGUUAACUUUUUAACUGCUAGAAAAGAUGACAAUGAAAACAUUGUUGAAAUGGUCGUGUUUGUCUUCGACCAUUUUUCAAGUGACUUCAUGCAUUGUCGUUGGCUGACAUCGUUUAAAGUGAACAAACAGUUUUAUAGGAGUGUCCGAAAUUGGCUAAAAACGGCCAGUCAAAUGUCAGUGCUGUUAAAAAGUUUUUCAGUCAAAGUAUGUGAUGUAAACUUAAGACAGAGUACCUGUUUCGUUUCGUGAUGACUGAAAUUGAAUUCUCAAUGGUUCGAAAAUUAACAGCAAUUCACAUCGAAACAAUACUAGCAGGGUUCCCAAUAGAUGCCGGCACCUGGCGAUUUUCGUCUUCUCCCCCUCCCGGUCCCGCGCCUUGGCGAGGUACUUUCGGCUCCAUAUAGCCGCCUACAGUACUUCUUUCAAAAAGCCUCCUACUCCAAAUUCUGUUGGGAACUCUGAUACUAGGUUAGAUUUUAAAUCAGUACAUUAUAGUACAGUGACAAAUCUGAUAGAUCAGAACUUUUCGUUAAUGCAUCAAGUUACUGGCUCAAGUUUAAUGUUACAUGUUUGAUAAAAGGAUAUAGAGAAUCAGUUAAAAGAAUCAAUCUCAGGAAUGAUUCUCAAGUAGGAUUCAAUGAUUCAAUCUUAGGAUUCAAUAAUUGAAUCCUAAGAUUAAAUCAUUGAGUCCUACUUGAGAAUCAUUGAAUCCUAAGAUUGAAUAAUUGAAUCCUCGAUUGAAUAAUUCAAUCCUAAAAUUGAAUAAUUGAAUCCUAAGAUUGAAUCAAAGCAAUUGUCAUUCUUUUAAACAACCCUGAAAUAGCAAUAGUGAAUUCACAUUAAACACCCCAAACUACUUGAACGUUCUACUUUGUUGGCGUGGUCAUGACAUAGAUAUCUUAUAUACACUAGAUAGUGCAUCUAAUUAUUCUGCAAUUCAAAAAUUGAAGACGUGAUUGCAGACUCAGGAUAUUCCCAUGAAAUGAGAACAUUAAGUUAAACCUAUUCCAAAUACAUUUUCAAACUAUUCAAAUGAUGAAAGUUAUUGUUGUUUUUUUAAGUGUUUAUUAGCGAGUGGGAAACUUCAACAUGGCCGCCAUCUAUUCAAAUGAGGGUAACCGCUGGAAUAUUCUUGGCUUCAAUUUUACUAAAAAAGACGCGCUAUCUAGUGUAUAUACGAUAUCUAUGGGUCAUGAGCCGUGAAGAUGAUGUAAAUAACGCAGCAGUUUGAACAACUACGGCGUAUUAUAAUGCUUUAAGGAUUCAAAUUAUAGUCGCUUUCGCCGAAGAUGCUAUUGUUGAUGAGCACGUUCUCGUUGCCGUUGUAUUUGCCAAACUCUCUAUUAGAUGGCAUGGGGACGCGAAAAAUUGUGCACGUCAUCAUGAAUAUUAAUAUCUCACCCUCAUUUACUGAAUAUUUAAUUACCUCAGCGGCGCCCCGGUUUUAUGAUGCGGCACCCUGUUUUAUGCUAAUGAUAAUGCGGCACCUCAGCGGCGCCCCAAAAAUCCGGAUCGAAUGGUGCCUAUAUUACUAUACUCGUGCCUGUUUGGUCGUUAUGUCAAGCCGCGAAACGUUAUCAUUACUAGAGAACUUAUAUAUUCUUAUAUGAGCAGUUAAAUGAAUGGCUCGUAAUACUGGUUUCGUUGCGUUCGUCUAGAGCUCUGGAUGACAUCAAGGAAAGCCUUGAAGAACUGAAGUUUUACAGAUCAACAAUAUUUAAAUGAACAUUUUGUAAUGGUUACACUUCUGUGAUCUUGCUCGUGAUGGCAAAAAGCAAUAAUGGAAAUAUUCUACCGAAGCAGACAGACUUUUGGACAGUUGAGGUAUAUCGCCAACUAUACGGAUGAAAGCUGUAAAGCGGUUUGACAAUUGCUCAAUACAGGAAAUAAAGCAGUCGUAAAGAUAAGAAGAUGGCGCUUCACCAAAAUUAAGCCACUGUCCGAAAAACAAACUGAUUGGAUUUUGCUUUCCAUACUAGCUUAAUUACUAUUGUGAACAUUAUCUUUAUGAAUAAACCAUCCAAGGUGAAUUCACUUCGUAAUGUUUCAAAUUGUUUAAAAAAAGCGCGACUCGUGUGAUGUGAUAUUAUUCAUCUUCAAAGAAAUUUUACCUAACGAGCUGGCAACUCGAUGGCGUUCUGUUUCUAUAUACUGAGCAUGAAAAAUAUAGGGUAGUUUAGCGAAUAGUAGACAUAUUAUGAUGCAUUUACCUUCUCCUACAUGACUCACAGCCAUCGGAAUUAGGCAAAUUUUUCUGAGUGUCAUGGAUUAACUGAGGAUGUAAACGAACUUAAAUGAUAAAGAAUGACAACAGACAAGUGUAGAACGUCUCUUCUUUUUUUUUUCGAAAGAAGACCAAACAUAUAAUAACUGCAUGGCUGUAACAGGAAAGAAACAAAAUUCGUAAUAAAAAGGUAAUGAAAACUUGAUGUUGGGCCAAAUCCAAUAGCUAUAUACAAAACUGUAAAGAUAUUUUAAGGACCGUUUUCACUUGAAAUUGCUGCAAUUGCUUGUGUCAUUUUCUCUAAUGGAUGUGAAUGAGUAGACGAGCUAUGAAUAUUCUGAGUGCAUGUACACCAGAGGUGUGCAUCGGAUCGGAUUGGACGUUUAUAUAAUCCGACAAUUGGCGAAUGUUUAAAAUCCGAUCCGAAAUUGUCUAAUCCGAAUCCGAUCCGAGCUUUGAUAAAGAAUUUCGAUCCGAUCCGAAGAAUCCUUUAAUAAAACAAAAUUUCUCAUUCAAGUUGAAAUAUUUAGCCAAAUAAAUAUAAAAGCAAGAAGUACAUGUCAAGAAGCUGACAAAGUGACGUCCAAUUGGAGUAUCAAACGAAUAAUGCAGCGACAACCGCGAUAAUGCUUUGAUAAAUGCAUGGAUAAUUAAUUCUUGCAAUAAUGCGUGGAUAAUUAAUUCAUUUUAUUUCGAAUAUCGAAGUCCGAUCCGACUGCGAAACAACUUUAUCAAUCCGAUCCGAAAUGUAUAUUUUUGUUCCGAAAUCCGAUCGGAUUCGGAUCGGAUUUGCACACCUCUAAUCUUCAUCUCAACAUUCAUACAGUAACUCGUGCACAUCCAUCACAUGAAGAAACCUCUCCUCUCGUGAACGGCCCUUUGGGAAUCAAGUUAUGACUAGGCAUUCUGAAACUUUUAAUAUACUUGUUGUACUACAGUAUAUGCUGGUACUGUAAAUAACUGUAACUGUACUCCAGUUUGUAAUUUUUUAUAAUUAUAGUUUGUCCCAUUGAUUUGCAUUAUCAUGACCAUCAAUGUCACCAAAACUUUUUAAUCAUCACCCAUAGAGGAAGAUGCUGUAUCAGUGAAUUGCGCGAGCUUGACAUCGUUUAAAGAAAGGCCACCACAAGAAUGAGUUGAAUAUGUAAUCUGGACUUUAUUGUAAACAUUAAACCAUUCUGGAUGGUGAUCCAUCUUCUCAGCUUCAAGUGCCACCCGUGUCAUAAAACCAAAUGCACGAUUGAAGUUUUUAAAUUUGAAUUCUUUAUGUAUGGCAUCUCUUCCAUCAACCAUUUUCCAUCCACUUUGAAACAAAGGCUUUAACAAUGUCUCCCGUUCACCCUCGUCAAGUUUUCCAGGUCGAGCCGACUAAAUUGUAUAUUAUUUGA